UAACGGCAACAACAAGAAACCCAAACCAAAGUCUGAGCAACUCACAAACGGGCACGUUCAAAAUGGUCACGCCACAAAGGAAGGCAGUUCGGAUUCGGAGACAGCGGAAAAUGCCACGGAAAACGUCGAAAAAACCGAAACAGACGAAGUGUUGGAAAUCCUCCAAGAUGUCGGUUUUAACGUGCAAAUUUUGAGUCCUGGCGUCGAACCGCUCACAAUUCAGGUUUCCAGCAUGGAGCUCGUGCAAGAAAUCCACCAACUGCUCAUGGAUCGCGAAGAUACGUGUCAUCGCACGUGUUUCUCGUUGCAGCUAAACGGAGUAACGCUCGACAAUUUCGCCGAACUGAAAAAUAUCGAAGGAUUGAAGGAAGGUUCCGUCAUUAAAGUCGUCGAAGAGCCUUACACGAUGCGCGAAGCUCGAAUUCACGUGCGUCACGUUCGCGAUUUGCUGAAAUCUUUGGAUCCCGCCGACGCUUUCAACGGAGUCGAUUGCAGUAGCUUAAGUUUCUUGCACACAAUCACGCAAGGCGACAUUUUGGAGAAGAAAAAAAGUCGCCCCGAUAGCGUGGAUUGCACGCCGCCCGAAUUUAUCAUGCCGGGAGCGAAGGAACGUCCUUUGCAACCGCUUCAGCCAAAUUUGAAGAACCAAAAAGGACCGCAAGCGUUAAAAGUGUUGACGACAUCUGCGUGGAAUCCUCCUCCAGGACCCCGAAAACUCCAUGGCGACUUGAUGUAUUUGUAUGUCGUGACGGCGGAAGAUAAGCGUUAUCACAUUUCGGCGUGCCCACGUGGUUUUUACAUCAAUCAGUCGUCGGAUGAGGUUUUCAACCCGAAACCCGAUAGUCCGAGUCAUUUGUGCCAUUCACUGAUCGACCUUUUGUCGCAAGUCUCGCCAACUUUCCGUCGUGUCUUCUCGCAAAUGCAGAAAAAACGCACGCAACGUCACCCAUUUGAGCGGGUUGCGACUCCGUAUCAAAUUUAUACGUGGACUGCGCCGCAACUCGAACAUACUUUGGAUGCGAUUCGGGCGGAAGAUACGUUUUCGUCGAAACUCGGGUAUGAGGAACAUAUUCCGGGACAAACAAGGGAUUGGAAUGAGGAGUUGCAAACAACGAGAGAGCUUCCGAGGAAAACUUUGCCUGAACGUCUUUUGAGGGAACGUGCAAUUUUCAAGGUUCACAGCGAUUUCGUCACUGCCGCAACUCGCGGCGCAAUGGCUGUCGUCGAUGGCAACGUAAUGGCCAUCAAUCCGGGCGAAGAUGCCAAAAUGCAAAUGUUCAUCUGGAACAACAUCUUUUUCUCCCUCGGCUUCGACGUUCGCGAUCAUUACAAAGAUCUCGGAGGCGACGCUGCUGCUUUUGUCGCUCCUCGCAACGAUUUGCACGGCGUUCGCGUUUACAGCGCAAUCGACAUCGAAGGUUUAUACACUCUUGGGACUGUCGUGAUCGAUUAUCGCGGAUAUCGCGUAACAGCUCAGAGCAUUAUUCCGGGAAUUCUCGAACGCGAACAGGAACAAUCUGUCGUUUAUGGCUCGAUCGACUUUGGAAAAACGGUUUUAAGUCAUCCGAAGUACUUGGAGUUGUUGAAUAAAGCGGGAGGGCAUUUGCGAAUUUUACCGCAUUCGGUUUUGAACGACAAAGGAGAAAAUAUUGAACUUUGUUCGUCCGUGGAAUGCAAAGGAAUCAUCGGAAAUGACGGGCGUUACUACAUUUUGGAUUUAUUGCGGACUUUCCCGCCAGAUGUGAACUUUUUAGAGCUCGAGGGCGAAGAAAGAAGUGAAAUUAGCAAAGCAAAAGGCUUCCCAAUCGUCCAUAAACACAAGUUGAGUUGCUUGCGACAAGAAUUGCUCGAAGCUUUCAUCGAAGAUCGGUACAUGAUGUUCUUGCGGCAUGCAGCGUUCGGCUUGCAACGUUACAACGAGACGAAAAAAAGUCAAGAUGGCGACGCAAAAAAGCUUGAAGCCAUCGAGGAGGGCAAAGAAAAGGAAAGUAACAACAAUUUGGACGUCGAAAAGCAGGAAAAAGACGAAAAACCUUCGAGUGACAUCGAAAAAAAAAUUAUCGAUGCCAUGUCGAGCAAUUCUCAACACGCUGCUGACUCGAAAGACAUCAUCAAGAAGGCAUGUCAUGUCGCCGGAUCGUUAAAAGAAGCCGAAUUUGACAUA